CUCAGUGCUCUGAUGCCCUUAGCUUGGAGCCGCUCGCUGACCGUCUCGCUGAACAUGUCAAUGACCCGCACCUUGAUUCCGGAUCCACUAAACAUCACCGAGCCCAAGCUUAGUCAGGAGAUGCUUAGAUCCUGCAUGCGUAAAACGGAGAUUUCAAUGUCUCAGCUAAAGCUCUUCCACAUGAGCCUCAUGAACAACGAUUAUAACAGCGAGAACGAAGUUGUUCCGGCUCCAGUUCAGUCCAUAGGCGAGGUGAACAACCUGGGCGACUUGGACUAUCCCGGCGGUGCCCAGCUGCCAUUCCUCGAUCUCAAGCAUAAUGAGCCGCUGCAGUGCUUCGUGAGCUGCCUGUACGAGACGCUAGAUCUGGACCGCUACAAUGUGUUGCUGGAGGAGGCCUUCAAGAACCAGGUCCAGACGAUCAUUCAGCACGAGAAGGCCGAGAUCAAGGAGUGCAGCGACUUGCAGGGCAAGACUCGCUGCGAGGCGGCCUACAAGCUGCAUCUGUGCUACAAUCACCUCAAGACGAUGGAGGCGGAGCAGCGGAUCCGCGAGAUUCUCGAACGGACGGAGGCGGAGAGCGAGGGCCUUGGUCCCGAUGGCACAGAUUUCAUCGAUGGUAUUCAGCAUUCUGACGAAGCGGUAACCACAACCAAGUCGGAGUAGGUUGCGAGUAUGUGUCCCAGGGUUUUUUCUUCAUUUUAUUUGAUGUCUUAAUCUAUA